AUGGACCCCGCUGCACCUCUCAACGUUGCCCUAGGCAUCGCCCUAACAUGCAAGUUCGUCUCGAACGUCGUCCCUGGCUCCGCUGCAUUAAUUAGUAGUGUAUAUGGCGCGUAUAAGGGGUACAACAUCUACACACUUGCCACUGCGACAGCCGUGAACAGCGGUAUUGCGGGAGCGACAUUCUUCAGCUUCCGCGAAUACAUCGUUAGCCCACUCCUACUCUCUGCGCUCUCUUCAGGCCAAUUUCUCCGGCGGAGACAAGAGCUAGAGGAUAAGAAAGGCAAGCAGCCUGAACGCAAUGAAAAGCUGAGCUGGUCACACAUGCGACUGCACAAGCUGCCGGACACCGCGCUCAGUGGCGCUCUCACGGGCGGCGUGCUCAACGCAUGGAAGCGCGGCCCCGCUGGCAUAGUUCCUGGUGUAGUCACUGCUUCCUUGCUCUGCUCGCUCCUACAACUUGGAUACAACGAACUCGGCGUAAUGCGCAUAAAAUACGUCUCACGUAAGCUUGAAGAAGCCCACAAGCCUCCAGCAUCGGCAACAGAGAUCGUCACCCUCCCUCCAGAACCUUCAAAACCAACACUACAGCGGGUAUUUGAGUGGAUGGGCAUGCCGAAGAUUUCAGACGAGGAAUACUUGAAGAAGCUGUAUGCCAAGAGGGCUGACGUGCUGAGAAGGAUUGCAGAAAUUGAAGCGGAGCAGGGGAAAAGUAGUAGUGUUAACGGUGCAGACGAAAGAAAAUCAAGUCCUUCGUCAUAG